AUGUGGGAUCGCAGCCUACACGGUCUUAUGAUGACCGCUGGACUGAUUGCGGACCCGAAGAUGGGAACGUUCCUCAGAGAUUCAGCCUUUAACCCACAGACUUGCGAAUGGGAAGGCCUGAAACUACUGAUCUCCAGAAUGUAUACAACCCAACGAUCAUAUUUGGAAGACCAAGGAGACUCUAUCAAAGACAAGGCCUUUCCUCCAGAAUUGGAUAGAAUCUUGCCGCAGCUGGAAUUAGCCUGGACCCAAGGCAAACUAUGCGAUGCUGGAGUCGGGUUGGCAAUGAAAUGCCUCAAGAAGGCAAGCGGAAGAGAUAGUACUGCAACGUUGGGACUCUAUUUGAGUCAUCCAGAACGUGUCUGGGGUGAGAAAGGCUUACACAUGGACCUCAUCAAGGGUCGUUUGGUGAGGAGUACAACUGGCAAGGUUGUAUUUGCAACCGACGAAGGCCAAUUAGGUCUUGGAAACGAUCACAUCAAGUUAGGAGACGAGGCGUGGAUAUUUCCCGGUACCGAAACCGUUUAUUCUACGUCCUACGAAGGAGGGCGAGUUUGA